CCCACUUCACUUAAUCAAGUGCCACGUGUUAGUUAACAAAAUGCUUCGUUUCUUUCAAUUCUGAUUGCAUUCCAAAGAACUGAAUCAGAGACGACAAAAGCAACCGAGAGAAAGCGAAGAAGUGUCGUUGUCUGAGACGAAAGCUAUGGGGCUAGAAGAUGCUGGAGAUUUGAUUCUCCACAUCGUAUUAUCCAAAAUCGGUCCUGAAAGCACGGCGAGAGUGGCUUGUGUCAGUAAGCGCCUUAAGGUUUCCGCCUCCGAGGAAUCUCUCUGGUCGAUCUUCUGCUCCAAUGAUCUUAAUAUUUCUACUCCUCUCGAUCCCCAUGGAGAUCCUGCUCCUUCCUUCAAGAGAGCAUAUCAAUUGUGGAGGGAGUCAUUUAGAAUGUAUCCUUGGAAUCUGGUUAAGCGCGUUAGACUUUGUUGGGACAAGCUCAAACUAUGGUUGAGCUUAAACUUCCCUGAAGCAAAGGCAACACUGAGGAAAGGUGCCACAGAAGAUGAUCUUCAAGAACUGGAGACUUCUCUCAAAGUGAAACUUCCUCUUCCCACAAGGCUUCUCUACCGUUUCGUUGAUGGUCAAGAGCUUUCUUCCUCCAACGGGCUUGAUGGCUCUUUGGGGCUUAUAGGUGGCUAUUCUGCUUACUCUCAUGACGUUAAUGUCUACUUGCUACCUCUUAAAGAAGUCAUAAGGGAGACAAAGGAAACCAUGCUCCACCUCGGUUUCUCCACCAGAUUAAACCUUAUCGUUAUGGCUGCAUCCGUAGUUGCCAGUCUGAAAAUCUUUUUAUUAGACUGCACAAACGGACAGCUUUUUACUGGGACAAGUAACCGCCAAUUGCUUCCUUGUGUACCCGAUUCUUUGGUUAGAUCCGUGCAUGAUAUCAACGGGGAUCAGCAACAGGAUGCCAUGCUGCUUUGGUUGGAAGAACAUGGCCGGCGGUUACAAACCGGCACUAUAAAAGUCCGUGAACAGUACAAUGUCAAGAGUAUCAGUUUGUUCCCGGAGAUUCCUCCCUUGUGUUCUGUCGCCGUAACUAAUGGUGUGCAGGUACGUGCUUCUUCUGUUUUUAUCCCGGAAAUAUCUAACCUUCGGGAUGAGCCACCGGCAUACUGGUAUGCAUAUUCAAUCCGGAUGUCUCUCAUGCCAGAAGGAUGCAUCUUGAAUGGGACACAUCAUAGCUCUUGCCAACUGUAUUGGAGACGUUGGGUUAUCCGAGCUGAUAAUGAAGCCAUAGAUAAUGUUAAUGGAGAAGCUGUGAUAGGAAAGUACCCGCUCUUACAAGCUGGAGAGGAAGAGUUUGUGUAUGAGAGUUGUUCUAGUUUUCCAACAACCGCUGGAUCCAUUGAAGGCUCUUUCACCUUUGUGCCUGGAAGUUUGAGAGAUCCAAAAGGGAGUCAAUUCGAAGUCAAAGUCGCAGAGUUUCCUCUGGAGUUACCGGACUACAUCUUCUGAACUCUUUCUGGCACAAGGUUCGUUACUCUUUCAAGAUAAUUCGUUAUAUCGGUUUUCAUUGUCCAUACAGCAUGCAAUGUAAUUAUAAAAUAAAGGUGUGGGAUCAACUGGUUUACAAGUUCAUGAGAACACAUGAUUCUUAACA